UCUAUCAUCAAAGAUGGCGGGAGCCUCCGACCCACUGGAGGACAUGCUCUUCAAUGAGGUAGACGAAAAAGCUGUAAGCGACUUAGUGGGCUCUUUGGAAUCGCAACUUGUCAGCCAAAAGACUUCGCCCGCCACAUAUUCUAAUAUCAAGCGAGAAGGAUCUACGGGCGCUGUUAGCCAGUUCUCAGGGAAACUGCGUGAUCAAGCGGGGUCUCUGGAGCCGCCACAACAAGGACACCCAAAAGCGGCGUUAAACGCGGAACCCAUCGCGAAUCAGGGGAUGUCCAAUAAGAUUAUCAGCGCUUCCACUUCUUCCAUCACUACUGGGGGUGUUUUAAACGCUAGUACUAAUCUACAAACAUAUGGAGCCGCAUCUCAAACCAUUUCCACCGCACCACCAGGAUCGGUAACUUUGCCUGCUCAGUCGACUAGCUUCAACAGAGGGACUAUUUUGGGUCCUGCUGGCACAUCAGCGGCGACUGUUCCCAAUCCAAACAUCACAACAACAACAACAACUAUCAGGACUGCUUCACCUGGUUUACAGAGUUUUAACGGUAGCACUGGAGCUCUGAAGUUGGUCAACUCGCCAGCAGCUCCCCAAGUCGGGUCAGGCAGCAGCACUGUUGUAAGUACUGUCAGUGCGGGCAAUUCCAAUAUCAUUGUGUCCAUGACUUCACAACCUCCUUCUCUGCCAAACUUCACUGGACCUCAACAGUCUGCAGUGGCUACUACUCCCACUAUUGCAUUGCAAAGACAGCCCAGCCCCAUGGCCAUUGCCUCACAGAAUGGAGUAAUAGACCCCAAGGUUUCUGCGGUGGUCACACAGGGUGCAGGUUCCCUAGGGGCCACCACCUCUCAGGUCAUGAACCACAGCAACACUCUCAUGCACACUAAAAUGGUGGCACCCAACCAGCCAGUCUCUGCUGGCCAAUCAAUAAUUCUCGGAGGGUCUCCCCCUCCUGUUGUUGUUAACUCACCAAUAAGCCAGCCACAGAGUGUGGCGAGUCCCACUCUCACAGCUGGGGUGAAACCAACUGUUAAUGGAGUUGGUCAGCCCACAGUGACCAUCGUGAGGCCCCCCGGUGCUCCUGUGAUGGCUACCCCCGUACAGCAGCAGAGACCUGGGCUGUUAGCAAGUACCACGAGGACUGCUGCACCACAGCUGGCCGUCAGACCACCACAAAAGACCACCAUUCAGUUACCCCCUGGAUUUACCAUACCACCCGGUAUGGUGCUGGUGCGUACGGACACGGGACAGCUAGUGAUGGUGACUCAGCAGGUUCUAGCCCAGGCCCAGGCUAAGACCCAACAAGGCCAGGCUGCUGUCUCCAACAUCUCCCCCCAGCCUGGAAUCCCCACCGCUGGGGCCAACAUCAGAGUUAGCACUCCCAGCCAGGCCCCUGGUACGCCCCAGGCUGUCCGUCUGGCGUCCCCUUUCCAGGCAAGAAUGGCCCAGUCCCCCUCUCCCUCUAGCCCUACUAUACAGAAGGCCAUAACCGUGGCACCUGCGGGUGCGUCUGUGUCAGUGAAAAUGACCACCCCUCAAAAGGCCCAGUCUGUGAUCACAGGGGGCCAGGCCUUGGUCAAGCCUGGUGCUGUACGGCCCACUAUCACCCUGAACACUGCAGCAGCCAGUGCCUCUGGAAGCCCUAUUGCAACAGUCUCCCAGGAAAUGCAGGAGAAUGUGAAGAAGUGCAAGAACUUCCUGUCCACCCUGAUCAAACUGGCGUCCCACAACUCCCCCUCCCCUGACACAUCUAAGAACGUCAAGAGCCUGGUGCAGGAUCUACUGGAUGCUAAAAUCGAGCCUGAGGAAUUCACCGCGAGUCUGCAGGCUGAGCUGAAAUCCUCUCCACAGCCGUACCUCAUCCCCUUCCUCAAGAAAAGCCUCCCUGCCCUGCGGCUGUCCCUUCUCAACAACCAGCAGUCUCUUCUGGCCUCCACCUCCGCUUCUGCCCUGGCCGUGCCCUCCACCUCCACCAUCAGGCCCCGGCUCCCCACCACCAUCAGCCCCGCCACAGGCAUCGUCAGGUCACCUACCACUGCCCUGGGUGUGAGAAGACCAGGGGUCCAGGGGGUCCAGACCCGCAUGCCCAUGGUCAUCACUCAGACUAUACGACCGCAAGGCGUAGUUACAAGAGGACCCUCUAUUAUCCCGGGCAGAAGUCCUGUGGGCAUUGGUGCCCAGGCCUCUGCCAAUCAGAAGAAGCUGAAUGAGCCUGGAGGUGGGACGUUCAGAGAUGACGAUGACAUCAAUGACGUGGCGUCCAUGGCGGGGGUAAACCUGAACGAGGAAAACGCCCGCAUCAUGGCCACCAACUCUGAGCUGGUGGGCACCAAGAUCCGCUCCUGUAAGGACGAGGCCUUCCUCCCGCCAGGCCUGCUGCACAGACGCAUCAUGGAGGCUGCCAAGAGAUUUGGGGUGACCGAGGUCCCAGCUGAGACAGUGAACUACAUCUCCCAUGCUACCCAGGCCAGGCUGAGAUCCAUGCUGGAGAAAGUGUCCACUAUCGCCCAGCACCGCACCGACGGGGGCAAGGAUGAGGAAUGGUAUGAGCCAUCGACAGACGUCAGGGCCCAGCUCCGCUUUUUUGAGCAGCUGGAAAGGAUGGAGAAACAGAGGAAGGACGAACAGGAGAGAGAGGUCCUACUUAAGGCUGCCAAGAGUCGCGCUAGACAGGAGGACCCAGAACAAGCUCGGUUGAAGGCGAAAGCUAAGGAGAUGCAGCAGGCGGAGCAGGCCCAGAUCCGGCAGCGUGAAGCCAACCUCACUGCCCUGGCUGCCAUCGGGCCCCGCAAGAAACGCAAGAUGGACUCGCCAGGGGGCUCCACAUCGGGCACAGAGGUUGCUUCGGGUUCAGGGGAUGGCUCUUCCACAGCUGCCUCCUCCCGCCAACAGCUCCGUCAGCGGAUCACGCGAGUCAACCUCAGGGACUUUAUCUUCUGCCUGGAGCAGGAGAGGGCCACAUCCAGGUCCUUAUUGCUUUAUAAAGCUCUCCUGAAGUAGUGAAGUCCCCCAGGGUUCAGUACUCAGUUAAUUACACAUUCUUACUGUUCUACACAGCUCUCCUGAAGUAGUGGGGGUACCACAAGGUUCAGUACUCAGCCCAUUACAAAACCUUACGGUUCUUCACAGCUCUCCUGAAGUAUGACGUCCUACAGGGUUUAGUACUCAGCCGGCCCGUUACAAAUCCAUAAGGGUUCUCUAGUCGACCCAAUAAAAAUCUUUACUGUUCUACACAACUCUCCUGAAGUAGGGCGUCCACAAUGAUUCUGUACUCGACCUGAUGCAAAUCCUUACUACUCGAUAAGGCUCUGCUAACGUAGGGGUAACACAUUUGUGAUAAGUAAAGUUUUUCCUUUGCCCCCAUCUCUACACAUGUCUUCAUUCCCAUUCUGCAUUAUCAAAUAGCCCCCCCAUCUCUACACACCCUCAUUCCCAUACCACACUAUCAUAUAUCACCCCUUGCAUCUGAAGCUAAGCAACCCCACACCACCCUAACGUUGCUCCCAGAUCAUACUGCCCCUUAGGACAGGUACACUGGCUACUCUUUCACUUGGCCACAUCCUUGUUUUUACAUCACGUCUAGUCUCAUUCACUAGCUGUGUGCUUUACAACGCUGAGAGCCUAGAAGCUGGCAGGUGGGCACACAACAGCAUUUUUUUUUAAACCAUGACUCCUAUGUACCUCGCUCUCAAACAACCUACAGUAGUAAUAUUUAUUUCGGGGUCCUUGCUAUUUAAGCCUAAUGAUUUGCCACUAAGGAUGUUACAUCACAUCAUAUUUAGACUUGGACCAACAGGAUUGUUUGGUCACCGUGGUCAGGAUCUGUGCUCUCCAGGAGCCUUAUUUAUCAACUGCGUACAUUUCUUACUAAGUUUUGGCAUACCUGGAGAUUGUAGGAUUUCUGGCAUACUUGGAGAUUGAUAAAUCCUACAAAUUGUCCCAUGCAACACAUACGCAUGUUUUCAGUGAUAAAUCAGAACGAAAUAACAUUAUAUAUUUUUAACAAAAUGCCCUCAUUAUAGCUGUAUGAUUUGGAAAUGUUGGAACUGGGCCAUGUCCUUUUCUAAAAGAAAGCUGAUUAGCAAAUUUGAUUAAAUGUUUGUAGAGGUGUGGGCAGAAUGUUUUAAUCUUUUGAAAAUAAAAAUGCAUUCUGCCUAUUGCGAGUACCAAACACUGGUCGUGCAUUCUGCAAGAUUGAUUGUCUAUUGAACAAUUUAAAAGUAAAUGUUGCCUACAGCCCACAUGAAUUGUUGUUCAAUAUGUUGUUUAUCAAUACAUUGUGUUUCUGAGAUUAAAUAGGCUAUGACAUCACACUCCUAUCGCACAGCAAUACUGUAGACUACCCAUACUGUCAUAGGUUACCAGCCUAUUUGCUUUUGAGCAUGGUUGGCUAUUGAAUGAGCAAUGAAUAAAUGGUAGCCAUUAUUAUCAUUCCUGUGCAUCAAACACCUCAAUUUCCCCCAAAAUAACAAUCUUUGCUUGCAAUACAGUUGAUCGACCAUUAGAAGUUGUACCUACGCAUGGUCUGAGAUUUAUGUGGAGAUGCACUUCAAAUUCAAGAUGUAUAAAUACCAACCUUUGCGGGAAAACUGGCCCACACAAGGUGUAGUAAUUUUUCUGUGCGCACACACCUUUGAUAAAUGAGGCACCAGGUCAAAGCCUACAAACUCUGAUCUGUGUUAUGUAUGUUUUCCCCAACAUAUUGAAGAGGAAGGAACCAUUUCAAAAUGAAAGAUAAUGUUUGCAUAUUAUGUUCUGGGCAAGUACUGAGUUUGGGGGGAAAAAACAACUCAUAUUGUAACAUGUUUUAAAGGUAGACUCAGCUAUAUGACAUAGAUGCAGAAAGUGAACCGCAGUGGGUCAAUUUCCUCAACAACUAAGACCGUUGAUGUGUGAGGCUCAACUCCACUGUUUUGGUCCCUCGGCUACCUUGCUUUGAACAGCGUGAAGCGAACCCGUGCACAUGCGCAGAUACUGUAUGACUGCAUCUUGCUCAUCUCAAUAUCUGCUGCUCGUGGCAAGAUCAUUUCUCUGAGUCUACCUUUUUAAUUUACCAAACAAUAAGAUGAAUGUUGUAGAGAAUCCUAUUGUUUUGAUAGUGGUCAGAUAAAUGUACCAGGAAGUACUGUGAUGCCUGCUAUUAAAACACAACGUGUAUACAUACUAGUUCCAGACCUGGAUCCAAUACUUUCAAAUAUGAAAUAUGAUCUCCAUUUAGAUUGCCUGGUACAACAGAACCCAUGGAAUAGUACCAUUUAUAAAUGCAAACCCCAAGCUAAAUCAAGCCCACCUUAAUUACUUGCAAGUAUUUGACCCAGGUUUGGCUGGUAUAAUGGUACUUUAGGGUUCCUAUUACUAUUGGCAGAAGAGUGAAACAUCUUAAGAUUUUUUUUUUUUUUUUUGUGUGUGUUAUAAAAAAUUGUGAGCCAAUUCUAAUAUUCUAUUCAAUGGUUCAUAACAUAAACUAAUCUCUCCUAUUGUAGAUGUGAAUCUAGAUUAAUUACCAGGAUCCAUUUAAAGAUAUAAGUAUCAUUAUUCAGAUUCAACCUCAUCACAGAACACAGGGAGCUGGCUCUCUUAUACACUCACUCAGGCUAAUCAACAAUUUUAAUGAAGAUGACAAUUAACAAUGCGGUCAUAAUAUUGAGCACCAUUCCUAUAUAGUUUUCUCAAGACCUGAAAUUCCAUCCGGAACUUUUUAAUCAACUAAAAAGUCUAUCACUUGCAGAAGUUUCAGCACCGUUUAACAAUCUCUAUUAAGUGAUUGACUUUUAAUGCUGAUGAUCAACAUCAAAAUGUCAAUCUGUCGCGGCGAUCUGUCAAGUAUUUUUUUAUAAUGCUAAUGGGAUACUACUGCUUCCUUAUUUUUUGGGGGGUCAAAAGCCCUUUUUCAGUUUGACUUUGAAAUGACUGUCCAUUAAAGGUUUUUAAUGCUUUAAAUGUAUUUUUUACUGUAACAUGCAUUUGUUUAUAUAGUGCAUAGUUCUAAUUGAUAAAUGAAAUAAAGCUGUGGUGUAUGUAUAUUCAAGUUUAGAGUCUGGGUCUUAAGAACCCAGCUACUGUAUUAUGUGUUGAAGGACACAUUUUUGUGACUAUUUAUAUUUCCUACUGUCUGUGCAUUCAAACCUGACGCAUUUCAGGUGAUGCAAUUUUAGUAUUGUUUGUACCUUUGCAAAAAAAACAAUAAUAAAGAAAGUGAUUGAAAAG